AUCCAAUUUGCAGAUGAUAUGCAGGAGUUCACCAAGUUCCCAACCAAGACUGGCCGUCGGUCCUUGUCCCGCUCCAUCUCGCAGUCUUCCACCGACAGCUACAGCUCCGCUGCCUCCUACACGGACAGCUCUGAUGACGAGGUGUCCCCCCGCGAGAAACAACAAACCAACUCCAAAGGCAGCAGCAAUUUCUGUGUGAAGAACAUCAAGCAGGCAGAGUUUGGGCGCCGGGAGAUCGAGAUUGCUGAACAAGACAUGUCCGCUCUGAUUUCACUCAGGAAACGAGCUCAAGGGGAGAAACCUUUGGCUGGAGCGAAAAUUGUGGGCUGUACCCACAUUACAGCACAGACUGCGGUGCUGAUCGAGACGCUGUGUGCGCUGGGAGCGCAGUGCCGCUGGUCUGCCUGUAACAUCUAUUCCACCCAGAAUGAAGUGGCGGCUGCCUUGGCAGAAGCUGGUGUUGCCGUGUUUGCCUGGAAGGGGGAGUCGGAGGAUGACUUCUGGUGGUGCAUUGACCGCUGUGUUAACGUAGAUGGCUGGCAGGCCAACAUGAUCCUGGAUGACGGUGGGGACCUGACCCAUUGGGUUUAUAAGAAAUACCCCAACGUAUUCAAGAAGAUCCGAGGGAUUGUGGAGGAGAGCGUGACCGGUGUGCACAGGCUGUACCAGCUCUCCAAGGCCGGGAAGCUGUGUGUCCCAGCCAUGAAUGUGAACGACUCCGUCACCAAGCAGAAAUUUGAUAACCUAUAUUGCUGCCGGGAAUCCAUCCUGGAUGGCCUGAAGAGGACCACGGAUGUGAUGUUUGGAGGGAAGCAAGUGGUGGUUUGUGGUUAUGGGGAGGUCGGCAAGGGAUGCUGUGCUGCUCUGAAAGCCCUGGGAGCAAUCGUCUACGUCACGGAGAUUGACCCCAUCUGCGCUCUCCAGGCUUGCAUGGAUGGAUUUCGGGUGGUGAAGCUGAGCGAAGUAAUCCGUCAGGUGGAUGUUGUCAUCACCUGCACAGGAAACAAGAACGUCGUGACCAGAGAACACCUGGAUCGGAUGAAGAACAGCUGCAUCGUGUGCAACAUGGGCCACUCCAACACCGAGAUCGAUGUGACAAGCCUCCGGACCCCGGAGCUGACCUGGGAGCGGGUCCGCUCCCAAGUGGACCACGUCAUCUGGCCGGAUGGGAAGCGGGUGGUGCUGCUGGCCGAGGGCCGUCUUCUCAACCUGAGCUGCUCCACGGUUCCCACCUUUGUUCUCUCCAUCACGGCCACCACUCAGGCUCUGGCUCUGAUUGAGCUUUACAACGCUCCCGAGGGCCGUUACAAACAGGACGUGUACCUGCUGCCGAAGAAGAUGGACGAGUACGUCGCCAGCUUGCAUCUGCCUUCGUUUGAUGCCCACCUGACAGAACUGACAGAUGAUCAGGCGAAAUACCUGGGACUCAACAAAAACGGGCCUUUCAAACCCAAUUACUACAGAUACUGAUGGACCAUACCCAUGAAGGACCAGACCACACAAGGCAACAUUAGAGAGAUUAUUUUUAAAGAUAAUUUUUAUUUUGGUUUACCUUUUUUUUUUUUUAAACCAACAGAGGAACC